GAGCUAGGAAACGUACGAAUUGAAGCUGGCAAAUUCCACGUGAAAUUUAAUUAGCUCGAAUGCUACCGUUGCUGAUCAGUGAUCUUUUCGCGAAUUAUUGAUUCUAAUUAUGUGUUUUUGGCAUUUCUUUUUUUUCAAGUUGAAGAUUUACGGCGUGGUUUACAGGAAACUAAUUAAUUAUGCUUAGCUAAGUUGCGAGGUGUCCAAAGGAGGCAGGUAAUUAGUAACGCGCCUGUGCCCUUAAACAGGUAAGCUAGCAGAAUAAAUACCCCCCAUUUCUGGGUUAAUUAGCUUGCAUCCUCAAAUUUGAAAACCAAAGAUGCUUCAAGCUGAUCUUGCUCUCAACAAGUCUCGAUUCAUCCGAGGAGAGAUCACGAACUCGAUCGACGGUGAUGGCAUCAAUGAAGCAAGAGAAGGAUGCUAGAAUUAUAGUUCUAGCAUUAGCGGCACCUGUAACUAAAUUCAAGCCUCCCCAAACGAGAAAAAGGAAUAAAGCUUCUUCAUCCAAUCAUGCCAAAUCAAAAAGGGCAUCGACUGAUGGACCUUCAGGUAUCAUCAAGCUGAAGGAAUCAACAACAUUUGCUCAUGGCAAAGACCAAAUUAUGGAGGAAGCAACUGACUUUGUGCACCAAAUUGGCACUGUGAACAACAUACAACAAAACCAGGAGGAGCCAGCAGGGUUAAAUCAACAGCAGCCUGCUUACCUAGGCCUUGCACAUGGUGGACCACAAAUUCCACUGGAAGCAGCAGGUAUCACCAUGCUGCAGGAAUCAACCACUGCAAAUGGCAUAGCUCAAAUUAUGGAGGAAGAAACUGACACUGAUGACAACGUACAACAAAACAAGGAGGAGCCAGCAGGGUUAAAUCAGCAGCAGCCUGACCUAGGCCUUGCAGAUGUACCACAAAUUCCAGAGGAAGCAGCUCCAGGUCCAGCUGAUCCUAAUGAAGAUGUAAACGAUGUGUUUGAGUUCGCCCUCAACAACAAUGUAUUGGAUCUGUAAUAGCUCAACAAUAAUGCUCCAGACCUAUCCAGCCGCGCGAACAAAUAUGAACUAUUUUUUAAGCAACAAUUUUAGUGCAUGGAGGACACAAUAUGUCUAGAGAAACAAUGUUGAACUUUGCCUGUCUGGAUGCAUAAAUCUCUGUUAUCCGAAGAAAUUGUGCAUGUUAAUUACCUCUUGAAACUUGUUAUAGUUGAACUCUGUUUGCAGACGAGAGUUUGGAUUAAUUUAUUAUGUUCCUGCUGGCUAUCAUUUUGUAA